AUGAAGCGUCGGAGAGAAGUAGAGGAGGAGGAGGAGGCGGAUGUGGAAGAUGGGAAAAGGGCUAGAAGUACCCGAGCUCAGCGUCAUCGCAAAGUGUUCCCCGACGAAAUUGAGCUUCCUAAAAAGCCAACUCCUUCCAAACGGCGCCGAGCCUCGAAACCACCAGAACCUGAGAAUUCCGUCGAGCAUGUGGACGAAGAGAUGCAGGAGCCUGUAAACAAUGGCCCAGAUACGACGCUGGAACCUCGGCCAUCCUCAGAAGAGGAUCAGGAGCCGGUGGCGCCAACCCCUACAAAACGACGACGAGGACGGCCACCGAAGAACGCUACGGCGUCGGCGCAAGCAAAUGGCAAGGUCUCGACACCUUCAAAGUCGCGAAUCAAGAAUAUUGAGACUCCAGUCAAGAAGAUUGGCUUAAAUGGGACCGACACUCCAAGUCGUCGCAAUAUCGCAGAUCGAUCAGCACGAAGGAAGAGUGCUAGGGCUCUGAUCGAUCGCGUAGUAACAGGAGGAGCAAGCGAUGACGAAGGAGGCGACGAUGAUUUGGAGAGACAGAUCUACGAAUCAAGUGAAUCGGACGAUGAGGAGGAGCAAGGCAACGAGACAGACGAGGCCGUGGCAGCUACUCCGUCUAAGACACCUCGAGGACGGAAGAAGAGGGCCACUAGGAAAAAGUCACCAACUCCUCCUCGUGACCUGCCGGCGCAUGAGAUGUAUUUUUACCAGAACAAGCCAGGGCUGACCAGAACGUCUAACAACACUCUUGCGUCGCUGGACUUGCUCACUCACGAUGAGUAUUUCUCUCUUCUGCGUGAGUACAAGGACCCUCAUGCCGAGGACAUUGAAUUCCUCCAAGGCUUGCACGCUGAAUCCUUUCCUCAAUGGACUUUCGAGCUCGCCGAGGACUUUAGCAUUUGUCUAUACGGCUAUGGAUCGAAGCGUCCCUUACUCCAUCGUUUUGCCAAGCACCUCUUCGCGCAGUCUGAAGACAAAUCGCUGCACAAAAUAGUUAUCGUCAAUGGCUAUGUGAGAACGUUCUCUAUUCGAGAAAUGUUGACAACACUGGGCAAUGCGAUUGACCCUACCUACAAAGUCACGGCCGGAAUACCAGUCGCUAUGGUUAGGGAUGUACUUUCUCUGCUCAAAGCGAGUGGUUCCACUCUGACGAUCGUCCUAAACUCCGUUGACGCCUUGCCGCUACGGAAAGGUGGCGUACAGUCUAUCCUGGCGCAACUCGCCUCGCAUCCCCAAAUACGUCUGAUCUGCUCGGCCGACACGCCUGAUUUCGCUUUGCUCUGGGAUAGCGGUCUUCGAUCGUCUUUCAACUUUGUCUUCCAUGACUGUACCACGUUUGCGCCAUUCAGCGCAGAAAUUGAAGUCGUUGACGAAGUUCACGAGUUACUCGGCCGCAAGGCCCGACGCGUAGGGGGUAAAGACGGUGUCAUCUUCGUAUUGCGCAGUCUGCCUGAGAACGCCAAGAAUCUGUUCCGGCUCCUGGUUAGCGAAGCUUUGAUAACAAUGGAAGACGAUGGUGUAACGACAGGAGAAAGUGUCGGCGUCGAAUAUCGGAUGUUGUACAAUAAGGCGGUGGAGGAAUUCAUCUGCAGCUCUGAGAUGGCUUUCAGAACACUGCUUAAGGAGUAA